UACCCGCAGCCGAACUCCAGGAGCCCUACGAACUGACAUCCACGGGGGAGUCAGCCACGUUUCUGUGCCUGAGAGUGUGUUGCUGCUGCUCUGCUUUGCGUCCUCGCUACAAACGUCUGGUGGACAACAUAUUCCCUGAGGAUCCAAAAGAUGGCCUUGUCAAAGCUGAUAUGGAGAAAUUGACAUUUUAUGCAGUAUCUGCUCCAGAGAAACUAGAUCGAAUUGGUUCUUACCUGGCAGAAAGGUUGAGCAGGGAUGUUGUCAGACAUCGUUCUGGGUAUGUUUUAAUUGCUAUGGAGGCACUGGACCAACUUCUUAUGGCUUGCCAUUCUCAAAGCAUCAAGCCAUUUGUAGAAAGCUUUCUUCAUAUGGUAGCAAAGCUGCUGGAAUCAGGCGAACCAAAGCUUCAAGUUCUUGGAACAAAUUCGUUUGUCAAAUUUGCAAAUAUUGAAGAAGACACACCAUCCUAUCACAGACGAUACGACUUUUUUGUAUCUCGCUUCAGUGCCAUGUGUCAUUCCUGUCACAGCGAUCCAGAAAUACGAACAGAAAUUCGAAUUGCCGGGAUCAGGGGUAUUCAAGGCGUGGUUCGCAAAACAGUUAAUGAUGAGCUUCGGGCUACUAUUUGGGAACCCCAGCAUAUGGAUAAAAUUGUUCCAUCCCUGCUGUUUAACAUGCAGAAGACAGAAGAGGUCGACAGUCGCAUAGGCCCUCCUUCUUCCCCUUCCACUGACAAAGAGGAGAAUCCCGCUGUGCUGGCUGAAAACUGUUUCAGAGAGCUGCUGGGUCGAGCAACUUACGGGAAUAUGAAUAAUGCUGUCAGACCAGUCUUUGCGCAUUUAGAUCAUCACAAACUAUGGGAUCCCAAUGAAUUUGCAGUUCACUGCUUUAAAAUUAUAAUGUAUUCCAUUCAGGCUCAGUAUUCUCACCAUGUGAUCCAGGAGAUUCUAGGACACCUUGAUGCUCGUAAAAAGGAUUCUCCACGGGUUAGAGCAGGUAUUAUUCAGGUUCUGUUAGAGGCUGUCGCCAUUGCUGCUAAAGGUUCCAUAGGGCCCACGGUGCUGGAAGUCUUUAACACUCUGCUGAAGCACCUGCGACUCAGUGUGGAGUUUGAAGCAAAUGACAUGGAGGGGGGGUCUGCAGGCAGUGCCAACCUAAACACAAGUGCCAAAGACAGCGACGAGAAGAUUGUGCAGAAUGCCAUCAUCCAAACAAUCGGAUUUUUCGGAAGUAACCUACCAGAUUAUCAGAGGUCAGAAAUCAUGAUGUUCAUUAUGGGGAAAGUACCUGUUUUUGGAACAUCCACCCAUACUUUGGAUAUCAGUCAACUAGGGGAUUUGGGAACCAGGCGGAUUCAGAUAAUGCUGCUGAGAUCUUUACUUAUGGUCACCUCUGGCUAUAAAGCGAAGACGAUUGUGACCGCACUGCCUGCGUCCUUUCUGGAUCCUCUGUUAUCACCGUCCCUCAUGGAAGACUAUGAACUGAGACAGUUAGUCUUGGAAGUAAUGCAUAACCUCAUGGAUCGCCAUGACAAUCGGGCAAAGCUUCGAGGGAUCAGAAUAAUACCUGAUGUAGCUGACCUAAAGAUCAAAAGAGAAAAAAUUUGUAGACAAGACACAAGUUUCAUGAAAAAGAACGGACAGCAACUCUAUCGGCACAUAUAUUUGGGCUGCAAAGAGGAAGACAAUGUUCAAAAAAACUAUGAGCUACUUUAUACUUCUCUCGCUCUUAUAACUAUUGAAUUGGCCAAUGAAGAAGUGGUUAUUGAUCUCAUUCGACUAGCCAUUGCUUUGCAGGACAGUGCCAUCAUCAACGAGGACCACUUGCCGAUGUUCCACCGCUGUGGGAUCAUGGCGCUGGUGGCCGCGUACCUCAACUUUGUCAGUCAGAUGAUAGCCGUCCCUGCCCUUUGCCAGCACGUCACCAAGGUUAUUGAAAUUCGAACUAUGGAAGCCCCUUAUUUUCUGCCAGAGCAUAUUUUCAGAGAUAAGUGCAUGCUUCCAAAGUCUUUAGAGAAGCAUGACAAAAAUCUGUACUUUUUGACCAACAAGAUUGCAGAGUCACUCGGUGGAAGUGGCUAUAGUGUUGAGAGAUUGUCGGUACCGUAUGUACCACAAGUAACAGAUGAAGAUCGGCUUUCUAGAAGAAAAAGUAUUGUGGACACCGUAUCCAUUCAGGUGGACAUUUUAUCCAACAGUGUUCCUUCUGAUGAUGUGGUUAGUAACACUGAAGAAAUCACCUUUGAAGCAUUAAAGAAGGCAAUUGAUACCAAUGGAAUGGAAGAACAGGAAAAGGAGAAGAGGCGUCUUGUGAUAGAGAAAUUCCAGAAAGCACCUUUUGAAGAAAUAGCAGCACAGUGUGAAUCCAAAGCAAAUUUGCUUCAUGAUAGACUUGCUCAAAUAUUGGAACUCACCAUCCGCCCUCCUCCCAGUCCGUCGGGAACACUGACCAUUACUUCUGGGCAUGCCCAGUACCAGUCUGUCCCGGUCUAUGAGAUGAAGUUCCCAGACCUUUGUGUGUACUGAGUGCUCAGGAAGACUCAGCACAGGAUUUCAAAGCCUACAAAUUAAGGUCAGGCUGUUUUCAGGGUGUGCUUAGUUUGUUGUAACAUACUUCUUGAAAAUAACCAUGGCACUUAACCUUUAACCAAAUGCUUGGCAUACCGAAUGAGAAAUUUUGAAACUAUAUUUGAUUUGAAGAUAGAUUUAUGCCACGUUGAUUUCAUUUGAGGUUCCUGUUGGCUUUUAAAAGUGAACAUGUGUUGGUCUUGCAUUAUUUCAUUGUUAAACAGUAUAUUUUAAACUUUUCACAAACAUGUAAUUUAAGAAAAAAAAUUAAGCCUUAUAAGGGUUGAAGAUGUUUGAAGUAUGUGCUGUAUUUCUACACAUUUACACAACUGCUUAGAAGUAAACUUGCUUUUGAUGCUGGUUAUCUGCAAAAGCAAAAACACACAAAUAUAUUCUAAUCCUGGGGCUGCAAAACUGCUCUGUGGCUUUUUCUGUGUUUUUGACGUUGUGAUGGGCAUCUGUGUGUUUAUGUACCGUAAUAGUAUGUGAUAGGCAGUCAGCUUGUUAUGGUGACAGUUGCUGAAUGAUAGUCCUAGAAUGUGAUCCUACAGUCGCCAUACUGUAAAGUGUCUGGUCCUUGUAAUACUGUAUUUUCUGCCGAGAGUUUGACCGUUCUUAGGAGGCUUAGAGCUUACUCUCGGAAUACCGAACUGUGCAAUAUUUUUUACAUCACGAGGUGUAUUAGUCUACAGACUAUGCUUUGAAUUUAUAGUAGUAUUUUGCUGUGGCUCCAUUAAUUAAAUGAGCUAUAUAUUUAGUAUAGAAAAAGAAAAGACAUUUAAAACAGCUAGUAGUUCACCUGUGAAGAGUGUACAUUUUGAUUUUUAUUAAGAACACAUUAAUUUACCUUUUUAUACUGUACAUUGUCUUAAAUCCUCACAGUCAGAAAAUGACCAAAAUAUACUUUCAAUUUAUAAGAUUUGAACUGUAGCUUGUGUGGAUCUGUUUGGCGUUUGUGAUACUACAUUUGAAAGGGUGCCGAUGGUUUUAGCAGUCAAGUGUGCGGAGGCUCAUCCGUGCAAGCUUCUGUUGGUUUAAGCGCCUAAGAUGACUUGCACUGACGCUCUACGCACGUGCCGACAAACCUAUCCUGUUUUCUUAAAACUAUGUCUUUUAGUGAAUUCCAUUACACAGCAAAAUGAACGACUUUCUUUGUAACUCAUAACAUUCUCUUAGGACAUUUUUAUAAAAUAAACCUGUUUAUAGUUCUGC